CCAGCCUGGGCAAGGUCCUGCUCAGAGGCUGCCUUGAGUGAAAGGCACGACAAAGCAGCAGUGAAGAAACAGGCCUGGGAGCAGACCAUGAGGUUGAACCAAUUUGUUGUACUGCUGGAUGCCAUAGCUGGGGGACUCCUGCUUCUCUUUGCCCAAGACCUGGCCCAGGACUCUGCCAGCCCCAUCCGGACCACACUCACUGGGCAGGUGCGGGGCAGCCUUGUCCACGUGAAGGGCAUCAAUGUGGAGGUCCACUCCUUCCUGGGAAUUCCCUUUGCCAAACCACCUAUAGGACCACUGCGUUUUGCACCCCCUGAGGCCCCUGAACCCUGGAGUGGUGUGAGGGAUGUGACUUCCCACCCUUCCAGAUGUCUACAAAAUACUGAUAGAAUGAAUACAUUAGUACUGAACCUCUUGAAUUUGACCCAACCCACCAUUCCCAUGUCUGAAGAUUGCCUUUACCUCAACAUCUACACACCUGCCCAUGCCCACGAGGGCUCUAACCUGCCUGUAAUGGUAAGGAUCCACGGUGGUGGACUACUUACAGGUUCAGUUUCCAAACACGACGGUUCCAGGCUGGCGGCCUUUGAGAGUGUUGUUGUGGUAGCUAUCCAGUACCGCCUAGGUAUUCUGGGCUUCUUCAGCACUGGAGACCACCAUGCCACUGGCAACUGGGGCUACCUAGACCAAGUGGCUGCUCUACACUGGGUACAGCAGAAUAUCGCUCACUUUGGAGGCAACUCUGACCGCGUCACAAUUUUUGGCUCAUCAGCAGGUGGCAUAAGUGCAUCCUCCCACAUCUUGGCCCCCAUAUCCCGAGGACUCUUCCAUGGUGCCAUCAUGGAGAGUGGGGUGGCUUUAAUGCCCAUCUUCAUCUCCAGCUCACCUGAAGCCAUCUCCACAGUGGUGGCCAACCUGUCUGCCUGUGGGCAGGUAGACUCAGAUGCCCUGGUGAGAUGCCUGCGGGGCAAGAGUGAAGAGGAGAUUCUGACUAUAACAAAGGCCUUCAAAAUCAUCCCUGCUGUAGUGGAUGGUGUCUUCCUGCCCAGGCACCCCAAAGAGCUGCUGGCCUCUGGUGAUUUUCAACCUGUCCCCAGCAUCAUUGGUGUUAACAACGAUGAGUAUGGCUGGAACUUUCCUAUGACCUCUGGAAUUACUGACACCCAGAAGGAAAUGGACAGAGAGACCAUGAAGGCUGUUCUGCAGAGGUUGUCAGUAGAGAGGAUAUUGCCUGCUGAGUCUGUUGACCCUAUAAUAGAGGAAUACGUGGGGGACAAUGAAGACAGCCAGACUCUUCAAGCCCAAUUCAAGGAGUUGAUGGGAGAUAUCUCCGUAGUGAUCCCUGCACUCCAAGUAGCACAUUUUCAGAGUUCCCACGGCCCUGUCUACUUCUAUGAGUUCCAGCAUCCACUCAACUUCUUCAAGGAUAUCAGGCCGCCCCAUGUUAAGGCUGACCAUGGUGAUCAGGUUUUCUUUGUCUUUGGAUCCUCCUUCUGGGGUAAUCAAAUUGAACUCACUGAGGAAGAGGAGCUGCUGAAUAGGAGGAUGAUGAAGUACUGGGCCAACUUUGCUCGAAAUGGCGCAUGUCUACAGGAACCCCAAUGGCGAGGGCCUCCCCCACUGGCCUAUGUUGGACCACAAAAAGCUAUACCUGAAGCUAGACAUCCAACCUACUGUGGGCCAUGGCCUGAAGGCCCCGAGGCUGAAGUUCUGGAUGGAGACCCUGCCCCAGAAGAUCUGGGCGCUAAAGAAGGCUGAAGAGGAGCAUGCAGAGCUGUAGCUCCCUGUGUGGGGAUGGAGAAUAGGACUGAGAGAAAAUGGUGUCUGCCUGGAAUGUCCCAUACCCAUUGAAGAGCCUGGCUUGACUCCAUGGUUAUACAGCUAUUCAUCCACUCUUCCUCCAGCCAACCAGCCAGUACCUAUGAAGAACCCACUGCAAGUGUCCAUUACCGAGCUUGCCAUAGAUUCCCUCUUGUUAGACACUCACUAAUCCCCAGAGAGCUAUGGAUGGGUAAGUCCUAAUGGACACCCACCUUCUUCCACACCUCACUGGCUUGGCCUCUCCUCACCUCCUCACCUCUUCUUCUGCCCACCCUCUCUCCUCUUCUCCCAGCCCUACAUCCUCUCCACUUUGAUAAAUGUGCUUUGGCAAGCAUUGCUACAUGUGGGUGUCAGAAGCCCACAUCCACUUCCCAGCAAGACCCCAUGUUCUUAGGUCUGUAAGGGGCAAAGAGAAAUCAGGGCACCGGAAGCCCCAGUGUCUUAGUCUGUUCAGGAUGCUCUCAGUUUUGGAAGCUGCAAAAUCCAGAAAGUAGCCAGGAGAUUUGGGGUCUGGUGAGGUUUUGCUCUGGGCUCUUCUAUGGCACCUUGUCACUAUUUCCUCGUAUGACAGAAGGGAUGAUCAAGCUUUCUCUGGCCUCUUUUAUAUGGGUAUCAAUCCAAUUCUCCUUCCAAAAGCUUCGCUCCUUAAUACUGUCACACCAAAGGCUUGGUUUCUAUAUGUAAACAUGGUGGUUGUAAACCUUCACAUCACCAUUCUUUUUUUUUUUUUUUUGGUACAGGGGAUCAAACUUGAGUCCUUGCGCUUGCACAGCAGGCGGUGAAACCACUGAGCUAAAUCCCCGGCCCCACACCACCAUUCUUAAUGUUCCCAGAUCUUAACCAGUGAGGGUACAACUAAUAAAAGUGUGAAAGUCUUUGGUCCACCUCUUGCCCUUGAAGAUUAAAUGUCAUUUUUUAUUAACAUGAAACAAUCCACUUACUCAUCUACUUCUGUUCCAAGGAGGUGUGUGGCCCUAUUUUGUAAUAAUCAAGGGCGAGCUUAGACCCUGAAACCUUGAACCUGGGCCAGCUGGAGUAUGUUCAGGAGGCCAGUUUCACAGUCUCCUUGGUGGUGGAUCUCCUGAAGUUUGCUCUUUUUCUUGUAGUUUUCAAACGCUAUGAGGCCUACAAUUGCACAAUCAGAGCACAUUUGUGAAGGGUUUUGUCUCUGGAGUGUGUCCUAGAAGUGGAAAUAGGGAGUCAAGAAGGUCCAGGUAUAUCUAUCAGAAGACAUUCCUGUCCCCUGGCUUCUCAAGGGCUUUUCCAUCGGAGGAGGUGUCCUCCUGUCUUUCAGAAUUCCCCUCACAACCUCCUGGGCUCCCAACCAUCCCCUACUCACCAUGGGUCUCCAAGUGACUCAUUUUCCUUCUCAUUUCAUUGUUGUCUCUAAAUAUUUUUUGGCCCCUGUUAUGGUUUGGAUCUAGAUGUCUCCCCCAAAGCCUCAUGCAAUGGUUGAAUCUAGAGUGUGUGGUGCUGAAAUUAAGGGUGUGUGAUUACUAAACCAGUACACUGAUUGGUUUGGCACCAC